UGCAGUGUCUGACAACAUGAAAGCCGAGGCCACGGCGAGCCUGAAGAAUCUGGUUCGCAACAGAAGGAACCUCCCCGUCUUGCAUGUGCCGCAGUUCAAACGCCUGCCGGACUUCUGGGGAUGGUACAAGUACUUCACGGAGACCCACAACCAGGAGGGAGUUGAGGAUAUGGAUCGUCUGUACUUGGCCUACCUGCAGAACAAGCACAGGUCAGAGGAGGGCCCGACCUUCAACCACUACCUCAAGCACCUCAGUGAAAUCUACAAGACUUGUGCCAAUUCUGAUGAUCCAGAGUGCAUCUCGGAGUUCACCAGCAAGCCAAAGGCUGCAGUGGUGAUGCCCGCCCCCAUCAAGUCGGCUGCUGUCAGGAUGUGCAACCCUUACAUCGACCCCUAUUGCCUCUUCCCCCUUGUCCCUAGGGCUGCUGCCCCGGAGCCUGAGCCAGCUCCAGCCAAGGUGCCAGCCCCUAUUUUCACCCCCAUGCUACCCAUGCCUAUGAAGAGCCCCACUGGCUUCUACUACUAUGCCCCCAUCCUGGAGCCCUUCCUGAGUCCUGAGCAGAGGACUGAGCUGCUCAGGAUCUGCAACCCUGAAGAUGUGGAGUGUCUGCAGUAUCACCUGAGGGCAGCUUAUGGCUAUCGCCCAGCCCCUGGCCCAGCCCCAUCCUACGCCGCCCUCAAAUGUGACCCCAAGGACCCCUACUGCAUGCCCCCUCUGGUCCAGAAAGCCCCCACCGGCUUCUACCACCUGCUCUACCCCAGCUGUGACCCAGCAGUUGAUCCUCUGUGUGUGACCAAUGUCGCUGCUCCUGCUGCAGUGGGGGCCCCUAAAGAGCAACACUGCAACCCUCUCUUUGACGCUGACUGCAACCCUCUGACUGCCACCAAGCUGUCCGGCCUCACCAAGCCCGUGCUGGAGUACUCCCCCAAGGAUGAGCCUUCACCUCCUGCUGCUCCUCUGACCUGCGACCCUGCCUAUGACCCAUACUGCAUACUGGCAGCCGCCGCUGCCCUGCGCAGGCCCGCACCACAGAUCCCCGAACACCAGGUCCGCUACAAACUUGGCGUCCGUGGCAAGACCAAGGAGGGCUACGACUGCUAUGUGCACUAUGACAAAGACUGCACCCCGGUGAAGUCUGGCCCUGAGGCCAAGGCCGACAUCAAGGCGCCAGCAAAGACCUUCUGCCAUCCGUUCGACCCCAACUGCGGCAAGUUUUCUUCCCCCGGUGGUGUAGUGGCUCCAGGGACCAGCAAGGAUGGCAUAAUCCUGCCCGACCCCGACUGCGACCCAGAGUUCGACUACAACUGCCGCCUGCGACGCGCUCAGCCCGCCGCUGUAGCUGAUGAGCCCGCCGCUGCCGAGGAGAAAGCUGCUGAUGAGCCCGCCAAGGAGGCCUCUGUUCCACGCUUUGAAGACUUCCUCAGGGGUGUCAUGAGCCAGCACAAGUAGAUUUCAGAAAUAACAUGACAACCGAAUCAACACCUGCCAGAUAAUCUACCUGGCAGAGCUCACUCUGUAUAUGCCUAAUCUUCAUGGACUUCAUUGACCACAAAACAAUCACACACAAAAACAUUCAGAAAAAAUCUCUGCUUUUAAAUAGUGAAUCUGAUUUUCUUAGAUAACCUAAGGGUCUCCUAAAGGACCAAGCAACAUAGAUAUAUAUGUGAAAUUUGUGGAUUAAACACUUCAUGCGUGUUUUUUUGUAGAAAAGAGUCGUAUGUAUAGAUGUGUAAUAGAGUAGGGGUAGUUUGAAUUUGUGUGGGCAAGAAUUUCUCUCUGUUGUACAUUCUCUUUUUCCAUUUGAGUUACCCUAAGUGUAUUUAAUGUUGUUUUUCACAUUUGUUUUUCUGUAACUCU